AUGUCUGCGGAAUCCAAAGCAGUAGCGGAGACCCUCUGGGAUACUAGUCUUCGUUCGGAUGCUCAGUGGAGGACCUGGAUUGCUAAGGUCGAAGCUGCAGCAACGAAGGGGAAUGUAUGGCAUUACAUGAAUCCGAAUCUAUCUGAGGAUGAGGUCCGUAAGGCCCCAGUAGAUUCGCGCGACUCCUAUCCACAUCCUCGUGAAAUCAAUGAGGAUGCCACUGAUGUCUCGCAAUUAUCAGACGCGGAAUACAAGCGAUACCAGCGGUUGACCUCGGAAUUCGAUAAGGAAACUAGCUGGAAUGAAUCGAUUCGCACGAAGAUUAACAAGGUAGAUGCCUUGAUUGAUGCCAAUGUUGCUCCCGAACAUCGUCAUAUUCUCGAGGGCAAGGUCACUCCACAUGAAAAAUUGGUCCGCUUGAAGCAGCAGUUUGAGCCCAAGGGCGAUACUAGCCGCCAAAGCGUUCGAAACGCAUAG